GUCGGCAACGAGAACUUCUUCGUCGAGCUGCACGGCUGGUUUUGCAGGCUGUUGCAGUGUCUGAUCAAGGAGUUUGGGUGUUGAAGGGGUUCGUUCAGAAAUGUAUAAUUAUUGGGGUUUGCGUUCGAGCGUCUUCUCUCUCGUCAGCGCCAACUUCUCAUCGUUUCCAUUCUCUUCCGGGCCGGCGAUUCCAUUUCUUCUCUUUCACUUCGAGCGUGUAUACCUUAGCCAGUUUUUUUCCCCUUCUCCUCCUUCUCUAGUUACGGCCAUUGUCGUUUCUUCUUGUCUUUUUCAUUUCGCCUCUUCUCUCCUUGCCACUCUCGCUCCUGCUGAUCCGAUCCGCUACCUUGCAUGGACAAGAGUGUCUGGGCCGAGGCGAGCGCUUCGUAGCAUCGCGGAGGAGAUGGGAGCGAUGGAGAUGAGUGAUGGCGUCCUUCAACAGCGAGUGUGACUUAUAUACCCAGGAAUGUGUGAGCGAGCGAGCGCGAACUAGCGGGAAUGGAUGAGUAGUGAGUGACCGAUUGCGAUGGUAAUGAGUCGAGAUGAUACCCGAUGCCUUUUUUCUUCUUCUCCUCUUUUCUUUCCACUU